AUGGGUCCACUAUUGAGACUUCCCAGGACAUUCAAGUCUCUGGAAGUCAGCGAGGAAGGACAGAAUAGCAGAUGGGCCAAUCCAGAUGUGCUCCCCGUUCCUAGGCACCAAAUUACCUAUGACUGGAAGGCGUAUGCCGGUUACUGGCUAGCAGUUGGCUUCAACACUACAACAUGGUCGCUGGGUGCCAGCAACCUGGCCAACGGUCUCGAUGCCGGAGCCACAAUAGGCGCUAUAGCAGUGGGUGUGGUUAUUGCUGCGCUCGUUGCCUUCGUCAGUGGCGAGCCUGGCAUUAGGUAUCACCUUGGCUUCCCCAUGAUUAGUCGUACCACCUUUGGCAUGUACGGGUCGUACUUUGUCAUUAUGCUCAAGUGCUUUGUCAACUUCAUCUUCUUUGGCAUUCAAUCAUACUGGGGCGGUUUAGCAGCAAACAUUGUACUCUCAGCCAUCUUUCCAAGCUUUCGAAAUCUGGAGAACACCAUACCGACAUCUUCUGGCAUCACUACUAAGCAGUUGAUUGGAUUCAUCAUCUACAUCGUCAUAUUCACAUCGAUGAUGUUCAUUCACCCCUCCAAGCUGUCUAGACACGUGUGGAUUUCUCAGGUCUGGGUCACAAUCACCAUGUUCGGGCUAUUUAUUUGGGCAAUGUCCCAAAAUCACGGAGCUUCCUUCUUAGCGCCUUCAAAAACAAUCUCAGCAAGGCAUAUCGUCCGAAUAUUGCAAGCCAUAAGCGCCGUCGCGGGAGCGUGGACCGGUGCCUGUAUCCGCCAAGCCGACUGGACGCGCUUCACAAAGUCGAGGACCGCAGUCGUUGCUAACCAACUGAUCACGGGGCCCAUCGCCGGAAUCGUGUGCGCAGUCAUGGGCAUCGCCGUCACAAGCGCCAUUGCCGCCAUGUAUCCAAGUUCCCUCAGCGGCAGCAGCUCGACCGUAUGGAAUCCGAUUUCCCUCCUAGACUAUCUACAAACACAAGACUACAGUGCUACCACGCGCGCUGGGACUUUCUUUGCUGGGCUCGGGUUCUUUGCCAGCCAGAUAACCAUCAACCUUGUCCAAAACUCCGUCGCGUGCGGCAUGGAUCUCGCCUCCAUGGCGCCCAAGUACAUCGACGUGACGCGGGGAUCGCUCAUCAUGUGUGUCGUCGGAUACCUGAUUCAGCCUUGGCGAUUUGUGAACCAGGCGGGACUGUUUAUCAGCGUGCUCAACUCGUUUGGCAUGUUUGUAUCACCACUCGCCGGUAUCAAUGCGGUGGACUUUUGGGUAGUCCGCAGGCUUAGAUGGAAAAUCCCAGACCUCUACAAAGGAAAGGAAGACAAUAUUUACUGGUACACUGCUGGUCUCAACUGGAGAGCUUUUGUUUCCUGGGCUGUGACAAUAUGGGCAUCCUUCCCCGGGUUUAUUGGUGCCAUGAAUGGCCAAAGCUAUGGUGUGGGUUGGACAAGAACGUUCCAGGUCACUUGGAUUGUCGGCUUCUGCGGUUCUGGAUUGGUCUACUAUCUGAUUUGCUUGGUAUUCCCACCUCCAGGAGCUCCAUAUGUUCUAGAACUACUGGAUGACCACGCUUCGCCAAGAAUUGAUGGUCAGUCCGUAUCAGACAUGGACGUUGGCCGUGAAAUGGUUUCCGCAAACACAAUGGACACAAAGGGCGAAAAGGCGAGCGACUCGCAGUGA